AGGAAGAGGAAUGGAGAGGGGGAAAGUAUUGCCUCUUUGCCAUUCAGUGCUUGGUGGACCCUGGAUCGUCAUCUUUGAGCAGGAGAACUUCCAGGGCCGCUCCCAUGAGCUGAGUGGGCCAUGUUCCAACCUAAAGGAGACUGGGAUGGAGAAGGCAGCCUCCAUUCUUGUACAGUCAGGACCCUGGGUCGGGUACGAACAGGCCAACUGCAAAGGAGAGCAGUUUGUGUUUGAGAAAGGUGAGUACCCUCGAUGGGACUCUUGGACCAACAGCCGCCGGACUGAUGCGCUCAGCUCACUGAGACCCAUCAAAGUGGACAGCCAGGAGCAUAAAAUCAUCCUUUAUGAGAAUCCUAACUUCACUGGGAAGAAGAUUGAGAUCAUCGAUGAUGAUGUACCCAGUUUCCACGCUCAUGGGUACCAGGAGAAAGUAUCAUCUGUGAGGGUACAGAGUGGAACGUGGGUGGGCUACCAGUAUCCAGGUUAUCGAGGCUUCCAGUACCUAUUUGAGAAGGGGGAAUACAAGGACAGCAGUGAUUUUGGGGCUCCCCACCCCCAGGUUCAGUCUGUAAGGCGCAUACGGGAUAUGCAGUGGCAUCAGCGAGGUGCCUUCCACCCAACCAACUAG